UAUUCCUGGAAGUAUUAUCGAUUAGGAUUGAUCACAUAUGACGAUAAUUCAUUAUGUUAUUGGAACAACAACAUGUAUUUUUCACUCAUCCAUCAUGUCUCCGUAGCGUUACUCUUGGUAAUAUUAACAGCAUCUAUUACUGUACAACAAGUUGUUGAUCUAACCAGUGAAAACUGCAAUACUGAUAUCCUGUCGACAAGCCCAAAUGAAGACGUUCAACUCAUACUAGGCAGGAAUGAAAGCGGUUACGUUACCGACAUUGACGGCUGCUAUUAUAUAGUUAAACUACAAUAUAGUACCUACAUACGUAACAAAAUAGAAGUGACAGUUUCCUUGGAGAGCAUGCUUGAUUGUGGAUUUAAAGUAGAAAUCUACCCAGGAGAUCCUAUAAUUAAUAGAAAAAUCGAGACUCUAGAUUGUGAUUCUAAUCCUGCAUGGACAGGUCAUUUUCCCACCAGAGCCAUAUUUCUGCGGUAUGUUCGUUAUGUUUUGAAUACCACAACAGACAUUAAUAAUAUCAGUACCAGAUUUGACAAGAUGAUGACUAAUAUCACAUUUCAGCCCUGCUGGUCAUGCUAUAAAACGCCUACAUUUUAUGGAAUACCAAAAAAGAGGCUAACAGAUUAUUGUGGACGUGAAGUUUGUCUCGGCGAUAGAGAUGUAGAAUAUUUAUACAAGUUUCCAAACUAUAACAAUUAUGGAGGGUGUCCACCAUGUCGGUCUAUAACUUUUGAUGUCAAGGAUUCCGCUCAAAUAUGUUUUGAAUCACAUCCGUACAUGUUUACUUGGGGAACAGAUAUAUGUCAUGUCAAAGUGAAAAUUGAUAACAACUCUGUAUUGGUAUUAAAAGACAGUUUGCAGAAAAAAUGGUGUCUCCCUUGGAAUAUAAAACACAAAAGAGUUGAAUUUACCUUUGGUAACGAUUCUAGCUGGAGUUGUAUAGGUACAACAAGAUGCAAUGUUGAAAUUCGAAUCAUUCCUGAAAAUAGAGAUACAUAUGUAUGUCCAAUUCCAACACCUAAACCAAAAGAAUGGUCGUCAUGGAACGAAGGCUUUGAUGACACGGAUUGGAACUCGCCAUCUGAUGAUGAUGACGAUGAUAGUGAAAACCAAACAGUAAUCAUUGCCCUAAUAAUUUCCUCUAUUUUAAUAAUGAUGUGUGGAUGUUUUUGUAAAUAUAAGUGUAAAAGAACUAGUGAGGAGAGCGAACCAAGGCGUGUUAUAAAUAUGCAAUACAUGCAGAACAAUAUAUAUCAAAGAAAGGCCGACCAACCGACAGGGUCUGAAUCCAGCGACGAAGGUCCGGGUAAUUCAGAAAUCAUCAGAGACGUUCGUCAUAUUCCCGACAUACAAACAUGGGCCGCAUCAUUUGCAAAUGACAAUUCAGAAACAAUGCGUGACCAGCAAUUACAGGAAACCACACAAGAUAACUCUGACUUAGACUCACACCCACUAGCAUCAUGGUCAGAAAACAUUGAAGAUCACGAAAGAGAUCCUCCUCCUUCAUAUGAUGAGGUCUGCAGAUAUUACCAGCCUUCUUGAAGUUUUGUUUACUAGCUAUGCAUCCAUCGUAUGAGGUGAUCUCAGCCUUUCUUCCGUUUUGUUUACCACCUUUCCCUCGUAUAAGGAGGUCUGUAGAUAUAACCAGUCUUCUUUUCUGAGGUUUUGUUUACUUGAUUUGCCUCCUUCAUAUGAGGUUGUCUGCAGAUAUUACUAUUCUUCCUAACAAUUUGAUUCACUGUAAUGUAAAAUUAAAGAAAUGUUAUACAAUAGAAUGCAACAGUUUAAAUAGUUAUGACAAUGCUGAUAUUCAAGAGAAAAAGAUGAAGACGAAACAGUACCGAGUCUUGAAGUGUCCAUACAAUUUACAUGUUUAUCCGGAUUACAAUUGAUUUUGUGGACAAUUUAAGUAACUUUCACGACAUCCGAUAUCCUGAAAAGACGAAAAGAAGAAACAGCACUGGGACAUAACAUGUGUAAGCCCUUACAUUCAACAUGUUUAAUGUAAAGGUGUAUUUUGUUGGUUAUUCUAACAUGACGUUCUUCAAACGCUUUGAGUACACACCUGUGGUAAAAUACGAAUAUAUUGUUUGUGCUGUUCCGAUCGUACUCCCAGUUGGAAAGCAGGUCACGGUUUGACCCCAAGUCUAUCAGCAACAAUAGAGGUCACGUAACCGUGAAAAUUCAGUAAAACUACGGAUGAGACAAACCUCAUUUUUACUCACCAAAAUACAAAUGUCAUAGUAAAAACUUAUUGAUGAAAAUAAUCUUGAAUAUUCAUAGUUUUAUCUCGUCAAAACUUACACACCAACUCAAAGCCCUUUAUUCUUUAUUUUAUCUUCAAACUUGAUGUUUGUGUGAAAAUUGUCAAGUGUCAUGAUCGAAAAAUCUAAAUAUUUUCGAGGAAACUAAAAAUGAUGGGCUGAAUUUAAAUUUAAUAAAGCAUUUCAUUAAGACAAACGCUCGAUAUGAAUAUCUAGGCAAGAGAAUUUUGGAUACGCAAACGUCAAGUUAUUUCCAACACGAAGCGGUAGUUUUUUUACCGAUUUGUGCAAGUGGUUAAUAUCUCCCCUUGAUAUCACCAGUCAAAAAUGAAAACCCAGCAAAAAUAAAAUACAAAGGCUUUUAUUUUACAAAAAUCAAGAAGAAAAUAAACGAAACUCGAUUUACAACUAUGUUAUUAUAAUAUUAAGAAGAGAUACUUCCCUACUUUUCAGAGAAGGAUUAGAUGUAAAAAUAAAAAGAGAAAAAAAAAGUAAAAAUUAAAAACUGUCACCAAUCAUGUACAUGCUGUAGAAACCUAACGUUAGCUAUAUUGAUAUAAAUUAGCUCUGGCUAAUGAAAUUAAAUUAGUAAUUUUUAUAAUGGUAUAUGCCUUAUGGGAUCACUCCUAGUAGAAUUUUUUUUAAACACUUCUAAUAAUUAUUAAUGCAAUAAAACAUAUUUUAUACAACUUGAAUAAUCUUUCUGAAAAUGAAAAUAAUAAAUAGUACAUGUAGUAGAGUACGGGACCACGGGUCACAAUAAGUUACUUCAAAGUAAAAGAGCCUUUAAACUCAAGCCUAUGUUUCUUAGUUGAACAGUACUGUACUGCCUAGAAAAUAUCCUACAGAAAAAGGAUAAUUUUACCAAAAAUAUUGACAGAAAUUCUGUAAAAAAAAAAUGCUUAAUAAAAGUGAAAAUGACAUAAUUUUGAGUUUUAAAAUCAUUAUUAUCGUAAAAUUCAACUAUUAGAGUAGCUAGCACAGUAGCCCAUGUCUAAUUUCUCAGGGUAUUUUAUAGAUUGUGAAAGUAAACUUUUGAAAAAAGGGGCUUCUUUUUCACAGGUUGCUGUAUCAGCAGCUUUACAUAAUUAUAAACAAAAUAUUGUAUAUUUUACCUGAAUAAUUGGAUAUUUAUAUCACAAAUGAAAGUUGGUGGGACAAAUCGUGUGCAUUUUACUUAAUGAGCAAUCGUUAUGGAUUAUUAAAUUUGACAAGAAUUUGCCAUUUGAAUAAAUUCAAUUUUGUAAGAACACAUCUCUAUGAAUUAACUUCUUGUUUGACUUGAUAAGCUAGUUUUUGCUCUUAUUAAUGUAGCUUACUUAGUAAAGAGAUAAUUAAAUAAGCAAGGUUUUGAACUUAUAAAAUAUAAAUAUAAUUAACUGACCGUCAUUUCCUUUUUCAUAUGUUUUUUCCUCCAGAAAUUUUCUUUCCAAUGCACUUUCUAUUGCUAUUUUUUGUGCUUUUGUCCAUCCAUAGGCUAUCAUGAAUUUAAGAUGACUGGAAAAAAUCAUUUAUUGUUUUAAAAUAUUAGUUUUUGGUGUCGAAGGAAUCCUGCAAAAGUAAAUGUAUGCAAAUAUUACAUGUCUAAUGGAAACAUUAAAGUCUUGUCCUUUGAACUUAAACAAUCUCUUUUAGACUUGCAUUUUAAUCACUCUUAUUCAUUUAGCAUUUUCAUUAUUACAUGUGAUCUAAAACAUAAUUAUGAUAUUAACUUAGCACUCAGAAACUGCUCUGAAAUACUUUUAAUAUGCAUAGUUAUAUAUUUUUUUAAAUAGAAGAAGAAAAAUAUGAGAUCGAAUCUUUCUCCAUGUUAUUCAUUCGCAAGUUCAUGAUUAUUAACCAUUUUUAAAAAUAAUUAUCAAUUGGUUUAACGUUAGGCUUAUUUUUAUGAUUUGAUUCCAUUCAGUAGAACUUGCAAAAAGUUGUUAUAUUAUUUUAAUAGUUUAGUUAUACAAAGUCAGAUUGCAAACCAAUUUCCUUUUAUUUCAUAUUAUGAAGAAUUUACAUUGAGAACACUUUGAUUAUUAUUUUUUUUCAAGUAUUAGUACUGAAAGGGAAUUCAUUUUGACCCAUUGUCUAGAUCCAGUAUUCAUGCAUAUUUUGGCUAGCCCUAGUCUUUACGUAGUAGAAAUUUAUUUCUGUGUUGAUAAUAAUUUUGGUUACAGCAAGAAAGAUAUUUACCAAAAUAUUAAAGUAACUCUAGAUCUUGGAAUAAUAUAUUAUGGCACAGAGUAACAUUGACUAAAAUAUUAAAGCCCUAUUUCAGUUCUGAAACUGUUUAAAAAUGAUAAAAUGUGUUUACCUAACUGUUUUACAUAUGUCUGUAGCAUCAAAAUAUAUUUAGUAAAAAGAUAAUUAAUUA